AUGGCGCCGUCCGUAUUUCUCAUUAGACACGGACAGACAGAAUGGUCGAAGCUCGGAAAGUAUACAGGCAAAACAGAUAUAGAGCUCACAGAGGCUGGGAAGAAGGAAGCGAUUGCACUUGGAGAUAGCUUUGUCGGUCCUAACAGACUAAUCGAUCCAUCACGCCUUGUGCAUAUCUUUGUGAGCCCAAGAAUCCGAGCCAGAGAAACCUUUGAACUCGUUACCGAAAAGCACCCAGAAUUGAGGCAAAGAGCCACCUUUACGGAGGAUCUAAGAGAAUGGGACCAUGGAGAUUACGAAGGGUUCACGACUCAACAGAUUAGGGAUUUAAGAGCAAAACGGGGACUUGAUCCAUCAACAAAGUGGUCAAUCUGGACUGGUGGAUGUGAGGAUGGAGAAUCAGUACAAGAUAUCGAACGACGCGCCAGGGAUGUGAUUUCCUCUAUUCUAGACAUCCAAAAAGACUACAUGGAUGAUGAGAAUGGUGGGAAUGUCAUGGUUGUCGGGCAUGGUACUUUCCUUCGAUGUCUUUGGAAAGUCUGGGCACAUCUCCCGGUUGAUGCGCCUAUCAAUAUCCAAUUUGAGACUGGGUCAGUCGCGACCUUGAGCUAUAAGGAUAAUAACAUCGACAGUCGAACAGCUGUAAUUGGGCUUAAAAUGCAUUCGGCCUGA